GCCCCCUCGUUUCCUGCUGCUGGCGGAGGCCGAGGGAGAAGGUGGCGGUGGAGGCGGUGGACGGAGGACAAGAAGCGCCCCGCAGCCGGAGCGAGAGUCGUCCGCGGAGGAAGCGAAGCAGCAGCAGCGCCGCCGCCGCCCCCACCACCUCCUCCUCCUCCCGCUUUCCUUUCGUGUGUGUGUGUUUGUGUGCAUUUGCUCCACUGCCGCCCCCUUCCUCCUCCUCCUCCGCUUCCCUUUGCAGCCCCUUCGCGUCUCUUCCUCCCCGCAGCCCGGGACAAUAGAAGCAAGGGAGAUGUCCUCCUCCGGCGGGGGCGGCGGCCACCAGCACAGCCAGAGCCGCGCCAUUCCCACCCGGACGGUGCUCAUCAACGACUCCUCGCAGCUACCUCAUGACUAUUGCACCACGCCCGGGGGGACGCUGUUCUCCACCACGCCCGGAGGUACCCGAAUCAUCUAUGACCGCAAGUUUCUGUUAGAUCGCCGGAAUUCUCCCAUGGCUCAGACUCCUCCUUGCCACCUUCCAAAUAUCCCAGGAGUUACCAGCCCUGGUACAAUGACUGAGGAUUCCAAAGUGGAAGUAAACAACCUGAACAAUCAUGAUGGGAAACCUAUAAUUGGUGAUGAUGCUCAGUUUGAGAUGGACAUCUGAUCUUCCAUGAUGGGCAACCAUGGGGAGACAGCAACUCCCGAUCACCUGUGCACAUCUGAUUUGGCCAACAGGAUCAACAACUGAAGGAUGGAAGAAGAAGAAGAAGCUGUUUUCCACUGGAAUCUUCACUUCAGCUUUUGAAGUGCCAAAGGAUAAGAGGACUAUUCACCCCCCUCCCCUUGAUUCCCAUUAGCCAUGCAAUGCUCCCCCCCUCCUUUGCUGCCCCCACACUUUUUGUUUUUAACCCUUUCAUCUCCCUGGUUUGUGACUGAAUGGAAACCCAUGGUAAAUUUAUAGAGCUAAUGAUUGUCCGUUGGCUUCUCGCACUUUAGAGACAACUUAUAAAAUCAUGCACACGCGAGAACUUGGCUUCCAUCAGCAUUUGGAUAAUUAUUGCAAAAAACAAAACACAAAAAAGGGCCACGGAAGGGGUGGAUAUAUGCUUGAAGGGACACAACAUUGCCGUUGUUCUCCUCUCCCUUAACUGCUGUCAAUUUAAUCCCAGUUGGUAACCUGUUUCUGCGUAUCUUUCAUUUGUGUGUACAGUGAACUCACUUGGGUUCCUCCGCUUCUCCUUACUAAUUGGUAUAUCUCUGCACUUGGUGGGGUUCUGUCUUGUACAAGGGCUUUGCUGUGACGCCUUUCCAAAUUACAAGUUCCUAUCCUGUUCCUUUUAGAAGAACAGGUGGGAAACCUAGAAAGAACCACCAAUCAAUUUCCUCCUAGUGCCUCUUAGAAACUCCCCAUUUCAAAAAAACAAAAACACCCCUUCUCUUUUCAGCUUCCUAAUUUGAACCCAUCAGUGUUAAAGGAGAACCACAUUUCGUUCUGACUUAAUACUAUACUUGAUGGUCCUCUGGACUGUUUGUCCUCAAGUCUACUCUUCCCAUUUUUGCUGCUGUUAACAUCUGCCGGAUUCUUUCCAAGUCUACUAUUGUGCCAAAAGGACUAAUGGAAACACCCUGGCUGUGCUUGACUAGAAUAGGCUUUGCAAGAGUCUAGUGCUCUUGCAUAAGCUUGGGACACCCUAAGAUUUACUUACUGGGCUGUUGGAAUAUUCUGAUUUCAUGGUGUGUGACUUCAGAGGAUUUGGGGCGGCAGGCAAUCAAAAGGUUAGUGAGCCUAUUGGAGCAAAACCACCCAGCUGUGAUCCUGUUCACCCAUCUUCUUGCACAUUUCCUGAAUUCACACAUUACUAAAUCAGCUGGGAGAGCAGGCAGCAAGGUACCCUUUAGUUGCUGAUGGUCUCACUUAAUUUGAUUCUUAUGGCUGAACUGCUUGCCUGGGCUUGAAAGGGAGAGAGACCACUCAUCAUGGGAAUUACAAGGCAGGCAGGCUACCUUGUGAGAGUGGAUGAGUUCAUGCCUUGGUUGUGGUGCUAGCCCAUAACUUGAAAUGUGUAAAAAUGCAUCUCCCUAAGGCUGCAAUAUUCUGUCACGUUUAAUUGGCUAGACCGAUCCAUUAAAACCCAUUUUCUUGAGUAAAAAAGACAAACCUUUUUUAAUCUUGACUAUUUUUAGCAUGAGUACCUAGCAAAACCUACAUGCAGGCAGCCAAAGAGACACAACAGGAAGGAAUGUUUCGAAUAUGAUACUGCUUAUGAGACAUGGCGUGCAUCAAUAUGCCAGGUAUGUUAAGUUUCCCUCCCUGCAAACAAUUUUUAUUAAUGCACACAGUUGGUAGGUUGAUUUACAUCACUCCGUGCAUGUUUACUUGGAAGUAAGUUGGGCUUGGAACACACAAAAAGCAUGUUCAAGAAGACAGCUGCUAAGGUUCCUUUGCUUAGAUGUCAGCCUUCUCACAGGUACCAAGCGUUUGAUGGUUGCAGCGGUUCAUACGGUAUCAGCAGUGCUUUUUUUCUGGGGGGAUGCAGGGGAACGCAUACCCUAGCCUAAACAUUUUGUGAAUCUAAGUUUGGCCUCAUUGAGGGGCAGUAUUUCAAUAUGUGUAGGAAAAUGAGAGUACCCCUAAACAUUUUUUUUUUAAAAAAAAGCACUGGGUAUCAGUAUGCCAUGGCGCCCCCUCUUUCCUGGGGCAGCAUCUCACCCUGCUCUGGCAGUGUUUGCAAAUGGGAUGAGUGGAUGUCACAGUGUGAUGUGGCAAUUUCCCCCAAAGGAUUUCAUUCGGUUGUAGCUUGGUAGUUGUAGCACGGUGUACCCCAGCCUCAGGGAAAGUGGCAGCCACGCUAUACUUGUAACUUCUGAAUCGGUCCUGGGAGUUAAGCUGAACACAAAUGAAUGGAUAUCAGUGACAGAGAAAACUUUCAACACAUGAACUCAUCCCUUGGAAUAGAAUUCUGCCCCUAACAUCUCUUCUAUAAAUUGGCAAAGAUCUUUCCUCUUCUUGCGAUUUAAAAGGGAGGGUUUAGUAACUGGGGUUUUUUCCCUUUUUGCCUGCACUAAAAUGUGAAUAUAGGAGCAAAAUUGCUUUGUAACUGUUGAUCUCUCAGGAAUAGGCUCUGCUUGCAAUGUUUCUGGGGAAGGCAACACUGCCCCUUAGAAGUGGUGGUGGUGCAAAAGCGAACUAAGCUGUGAUAAGCAGAGGGGGUGCUAUUUAGCCGCGUUGCAAAACUUCCUGAUUUUGCUUUGUUUUUGGUCAGGGUAGUUCUGAAGUGCACUAUUAAGUCCAGCCCAGAAUCAGGGCACAGUUGAAUUGUCAUCCUUCCUCUUGCAUAAUUGCCAGCAGUUGUUUCUGGAACCUCGUCUGCUUUUCUGUUGAUGAGGCAGAACAGAGACCGUUUGCUCUGCAAUGCUGACAGUAGUAGAACUCGGAUUUGUCUAUGGCCUAAGCCAAUUUAGGCUGCAGUCGUAACCCCAUUUACCUGGGAGUAAGCCCUGUUGAAUUCAGCAGGACUUAACUUCAGGGUAGACAUCGUUCGGAAUGCGCUGUUAGUUGGUGAGGUGGAGGAAGAGGAGGAGAAGGGCUGUACUUCAAUUUCUAAGGGGUUUACAUACUAUGAAAGACAUUUGGUAGUACCAUUCCUUCCACUUCAUAACAGAAAGUAUAUCCCUUAGCAUGAAAUGCAUCAGGACUUCCUAUGUGUCACAAUCAGUUUAGUUGCUGCUGCUGUUGCCUCCCUAAUCUUUUGGACAAAGAUAAGGAAAGAAAGGCUAUUUGAAUAGUUCAGUGUAGGUGAUCCGAUUUCUCUCCCUUGUUCUGCACCAAGUUUCCUGCAUGUCUCCAGGCAAGUCUCUCUGUGCCUCAAUUCCACACUUGUUAAGAUGGGGACAAUAGACUUCUACCUCACAGGGUUGUUGUGAGGAUAAAUUGGUAGAUAUUUGCGAGGCACUCACCCCCCUCCAAAAAAACAAACCCCUGGCACAAGUGCCAAGAAGAAACCAAUAAAUCUUACAUUUCUUUUAAUACCCAGCCAGGUGGUUCAGUCUUGGCCAUGAAAGAAGAAAGGUUGCUAGCAUCUCCUGGAUUAUUUCCCUAUAGUGAACAACUUAGUUUUUAAGAGAGCAUCAUUUUGAUGGAACAAAGGUUGAGGCCAGCAACAGUUGCUCUGAGAGCUGAAUGGGCUAAGGCAGGCAUCCCCCAAACUGUGGCCCUCCAGAUGUUUUGGCCUACAACUCCCAUGAUCCCUAGCUAACAGGACCAGUGGUCAGGGAUGAUGGGAAUUGUAGUCCAAAACAUCUGGAGGGCCACAGUUUGGGGAUGCCUGGGCUAAGGGCUCCUUGGUGCCUUUCCUCUGCAGAGGCUAUGUCAGAGGUUUAUCCCCUUUGUGCAUUUCAUUUGCCCAGUCCCUUUUUGCUUGUGACCUGAGUAGCCAAGCUGCCCAGGGAGAGAACUUUUUCUGGGGAGAUGGCAGAAAGUCCUUUCCCUGUGACUCUGCUGAAGAAAAGGGCUGAGAUAACAGCAUAGGGAUUGGGGGAGCUAUAUGGAAGGGCCCUGGGCUGCCUGCUGCCCAUCACUUCUCUAGCAUACAGCAGUGCUGGGCCGAGCCAACUGAGCAUUAAGCCUACACAGCAGCCUUUAUCGUUCUGGCUGUCUAGUUUGAAGGAGGGGAGAGAGUCCUUUAAAUGCCAGUGCCGUUGCAGUUCUCUGUACAGUCUUCUUGCUGCACCAUUUCAUUCAGAGCUGCAUCUUAUGCUUCCAAGUGGUGCUCCAGUUUAUGCAAAGAUCAAACCAAUUCCCCAUCAGGUUAUGAGUUGUGCUGAUUGAACAAUCACAAAUACAUAUUCAGUGGCUUGCCAUUUUAAGACGACAGAACACACAGGCACUCAGAACAUGCCCUUUCCCGUUACUAUUAAUCCUGAUUCCAAGAUACAAACUAAUAUAUAUUUUGGGGGUUAUUUACCGCUUUCAGUCAGGUGAGACAAUGGAAAUUGUUUCUGGCCUGUGUUCCUGAUACAGGCGGCCGUGUUGCAUCACAGAUGCUGCAGGGCAGUAUUUUGAUUAGUAAAUACAUUUCGGGGGUCGAGCAGUUUUUAGGACCCUGGAACUCAUUUUUUUUAAGAUGCGGGAAGGAGAGAAGAAUUGGUCCCAUGGGGAUAAUUUUAGUAGCUUCAUGAAACCAAAUGAUGCGCCCCAGCCAAUCAUUAGACUUAAGAUGAGGCAGCUUUUGAAAUGGCUCUCCUGGUCUCUGUUUCCCCAAAUGUAAUCAAAGGAAUGCAACCUGCCAAAUUAACUUUUAAAAACAUUCUUCUUCAAAGAGUUGGUGCACUAAGCAGUUCAACACCGCAUGCAGAAGACUUGUUUUGUAAAUCACUGUUACUGCUCUGGUCAUUUGUGGCACUUGUCUGUAGUUGACCAGAGGAAAUUUUCGCAGAAGCUGGUUUAGUCUUUUAGGCUGUUUCAGUAAUGCAGGCAUAUGCGGGCAGAAAGGCUAGUACAAGUCAUUUCAUGGACAACUGCAAGGCUGGAUAUAACAUUGGGUAAUCUGAACAUCUUUAUUUAAAAAUUGUGCCUCUUCCAACAGUUUCCUCUUGGAAGCUAGCAGGGGGAGCAAAUAGGGCAGGUCUUCAUAUUGGUUAGUUUAUUCUAUCCUAAAACAUAGACUUUUUUUGUUGAAAAAGGAAAGUGUCCUGAAGUGCCAGAGAUUUGAGUUGUAUUGGAAGAGCCCGUUGAAAAUAAGAAGCUGUCAUUUCCUUCUGUUCCCGGCUCUGCUCAGUGAUGUGCCGUUAAUUGCAUCCCUUAAAUUGCCGACUUCUUAAAAAAAAAAUUUAAAAAAGUUUUCAGGUUAAAACAACAAUGCAGAAUUGGGACCCUUUAUAUACAGGUCAUCCUCCUUCAGUGCUCCAAGAAUCCAUGGAAGUAGGAUUUCUAAUCAAACCUUCCCUUGAAUAUUGCAUCACAUACUGUAGUUCUAGGUGUCUGCAGCCAAAGGAUCUACUUUUUUUUUUUUGCCUUGAGAAAACUGAUUAGCCAAUUAAAUAUAUCUUUUAAACCUGCUGGCCCCUCUCUUUGACCUAGUUGUAUUGAAAAGCACAUUAUUCUUUCCUCCCCCCCCCUAAAAAAAUAGUAAAGGUAUUCCUUCCUCAUUUAUGAAUGUGGCUACUAUAGAGGUAUGCAGUGCCUAUAGGAAUUCUGCAAGGCCUAUAGAAACCCGUCUUACAGCCUGAUCCUGUGCAUGCUUACUUGGAAGUAAGCCCCAAUGAGUCCGCAUAAGGUUGCAGCCCUAGCAGUUACACCAGCUGCUUAUUGAGUUUUCCUUCUUGGUUUGCGUUUUGUGUUUUGAUAAUAGCAUAGUACAUCAUCAUCCCAUUACAAGAUCCCAUUAAGCUCUUGUAACUUAUGGAAAUAUAAAUCUUCAUUGGCAUGGAGCCCAAAUGAAUUCCAAGGGCCCCUACAUCAUUUUGACAGUUUGGAGCUAAUGGAACGGAUUACAGUCCACCAUAUGGAAAGUUGCACCUUUUCUAAAAACAACAACAGUGCAGUUUUCUGCAACUGCACUGAGGAAUGGUGUUUAACCCUCUGCAGUCACUUAAAAAUGUUUGCUGCUGACUUUUAUGCUGUAAUGAUGUUACUUGAAAGAUUUCUACUUGAUGGCUGAGUGAGUAAAAAGUUAACAAACAAACAAAAGAACCUGACAGCAAGUUAGUAUUUUUAUACCCACGAACUCAAAACUGCAAUUACUUUAUAUUGUGUCUUCCUCACAAUGUCACCACCAAAGCUAUACGAUGGGUGUUUGGAUUUCGUUUUAUCUUGCUUUUUAAAAGCAUCUUCGGGUGGCUGAGACUCCCAAGUGCUGUUGUGACAACUCUGAUCUAUACCAGUCAUUUUAGAUUAACGGGGCUGCAAUAUUUAGUCUAUCAAACAUUUUGGUCAGCUGAAAAAAGGCAACAGUAGAUUGCAAAAAUAAACUCUAAUACAAGCACUUAUACAAAUUGCAGUGAAAACACCCAUUUUAGAGCUUCCCAAAAAAAAAAAUUGUGAGAGAAAAGGGGUAAUAUAUCUUUUAAGGCGAUGUUACCCUUUAUUUGGUAUGUUUUUUUUAAAAAAGCUAUUGUAUAUGCAGAUAUAUGCAGUUGUAAUUAGUUACCUGACUAAAACUUAACAAUCAGCUAAUAUUUAUUUAAUCACUUGACAGCCUUAUUGAUCAGUCUAUAUCAGCUUGUCUUUAUGCACACUAGUAAGUGGUGAGUCAGGGAUGGCUAACGUCUGUAUUCUGUGGCUGUUCUGGAGGCCAGAAAUGUGUUUUGCCUCCCAAACUGGAUGGCCAGGCAGAUUCUGUAAUAAAUGGUGCAAUCUUCUUGCAGUAAAGGGGCAUCACAGUUGUGUCUGAGCCCAGACAUUGCAUGCAAAAAGCCAAAGAGAGUUGUAGCAUGAACCGUAUCUCUUGCAUACCCCCCUUGCAAACAUCCCCCCCCCUUUAGUGCUGAAAUUGUAGGAUACAUUUUACUAUGCCUUUGAUUAAAGUACAUUAGUGCCACUAGCUAAUACAGUAUUGGAAGAUUGGGAAUUAUGAGGCUACCCUGGAAGAAGGAAUAGAGCUGCCCUUAUCGCCUAGUGUAGUAAGGAAGCAAAUUGUGGCUUCAAACAUUGCGACGUUAAGAAGACACAUCUGAUGUGGGGCAGGGGGAGCAACCACUGAAAAAGAAACCCCAAUGACGGGGCAGUGGUAUAUGAUUUUGGGGCAUGUUGCCAGAAAUACCUAGAUAACAUGCAUUUUGGGUGUGCCUUCAUUCUGAGAUAACAGAGAAUGUGUACAAAACGCCAUGCAAAAAAAUAGGGUAAAUGUGGUGCAUACAUUGGCUGAAACCUGUGAUAGGAGUAGCAGUUUUCUGCUUCUACUUGGCUUCAAAACUUCCAGCUUUCUGACAUAACUGCCACUGAAAGGAAAAUGUGCCAGGAGGCCUUGAGCCUCUACUAUGCCUUAUGUUUCCAACACCCUUCCUUACCUAUACAUAAGAAACGAGUAUUCAAGCUCCAACACCUGACCGUCCUUGUUUCUACGUUAAGUCUUGCAUCGUGAGUUUCUUGUUGCAAUAAUAAGUCAGAUCCUGGGUUUUCAAAGAGCACUGUUGUUGCCCCUUAGCUAAAAUUGGACAUUGGGGCUUGCUAUACCUGUAAGAACCCUUACAGCCCUCAAGAAUUGUCGCUUUAGUAAGCUUUUUGUUCUUACACCUUUGUAUUUGGGAACCACCAACUGGCUUUCGCAACCAAGGGUUUGGUGCAGAUGAGUCUUGAGUGGAGUAGAAAGAUUGGGAAUCGAGCCAGUACAGCGGAUGUCGCAACCCGCAGCACUGCAUCUGCGCACGCACGGGUUGCAAUUUGGCGCUUCUGCGCAUGCGCAAAGCGCGAUUUAGUGCUUCUGCCCGAGCGCCAAAACCUGGAAGUAACCCAUUCCGGUCUGUAACCCGAGGUAUGACUGUAUUUCAUUUUAAAGGGGGGCGAUUGUGAUGGUCUGGAAUCAGGAGUCUUACCAGGAAUAUGUAGUUUCACUUUUGCUUAAUUUCCCCCAUGGGUAAAUUCUGAUAGGUAGCUCACUGACUCAUACACAUCACCGGUUUUUGUGACGUGGACUAGAAUUGAAGAUAUUCAAGUACUUACCAUUGUUAACGUCUACUGUGACUUACUUCUGUUGUAUUACUAACACCUUUAGUGUACUGAACCAACAGCAACAUAAUGGAUGCUUAUAUGUGGCCUUGGAAUCUGUUCUGUGUUGUGCUGGAGUACCACAUUUAUUGACUUCGAAGCCACCUUUGGAAAAGUUGGCCAAAUCAGUGGUGGAGUUCUUCGUACUGUCACCAAAGAUCACUUGCACAGCGUUGUAUCAAGUUGUGCAAGUAUUUCCACCAAGGCCCCAAUUAAAAAUCACAGUCACUAUUACUUUUAAGUGUCACAUUCUACGGUAUUGGGUUGUGUACAUAGGAUGUGAGUUGCUUGUGGGAUUUACCAUUGUCAAUCAACGUAAGGCACUGGAAGGGAUGCUAGUUUCCUUAAGACACCCAGGGAAGAUUUGAGAUUUCACAUCAGUAGGCCAUUUCUUGCCCUGGCUCCCUUCAGGCAACCAACACCCAUUUCACUCUGGGGAGUGACAUUCUAAUGUCAGCCUUGGGUUCCGGCUGUCCGCUGCCAUUGUAGCUCUGAUACUUCUCUUUGCAAUUUCUGGUGCCUCUCAACCAUAGAUGAUACUGUCCUUGAAAUUUCAAUAGAUUGUUUUAUUUCCACUAGUAUAGUUAGCCAUUGAUUAUAUUCAGUAUUUCACUUUGGGUCUCAGGACUGUGCUAAAACAUUCUGGAGUAGUUUUGUAGUUGGGAUAUUUAGGCGUUAAAGAUGAAGAGAUGUUUCAAUCCCUUCCCCCCCCCAUUUGUGCUAAUUUUAUUUCUCUCUAAAUGUACUUGGCGGAUUGAUGUAGCAAUGAGUUUUAACUCAGUUUUUCUUUCUCUCCUUGGGCUGGGAGAAUAGUCCCUCCUGCAUUUCCAUAAUUGUUCAUAAUGGUAAAAUAGUUCAUACAGGAAACCUUGAUAGGCAUUUUGAGAAGUAAACUUUGUUUAUGCCCCUGCGUCAUUCUGUGAACUGAACUUGAUCUGGAUUUACAGAAAUUAGCUGCUCCUUGUGCACAUUCUGUGUGGCAAUGAUCUGCUUGCCUUUUUCUUUUCUUUUUGUCUCCUUCAUCCUGACGUUAUGCUGCACAGAAAGCUUGAUAGCUUGAAAGAUUGGCUUUUGAUAGUCAUCAGCAAAAUUGGGUAACUGGAGAAUUGUGAAUCUAGUGUGGAGAAAGGGUGAGUGCAAAAAUAAAUAUGUAUAUGUAUGUGGGUGGAUGCUUAUAUACACACACAAAUAUAUAUAAAUAUAUAUAAAAAUAUAUGAAUUUUUAGAGAAAUAAAGAACUGUGUUGAUGCUUUUAAUGCAGGGAGAAAUUUUACUUAGGGCUGAUCAUAGGGAAUAUCUGGUUUAGCAGAGCAUAUAUUUCACAAAACCAGCUUUACAACAUCCAAGGAUAAUUUUAUCUUGAUCCCAAAAUGCAAAUGCGGCAGGAACCAGGUAUAAAAAGUAUGUGUGCGAAUCAAAUAAGAUGUGGAAGAUUUCAUCAGCAUCUUGGUCUGUGUUUACAUCAAGAACACAACAGGACUUCCCUUCCUCCUCUUGCAAUCUCCCUCUCUCUUGUCAAUCUGCAUCUCUGCAGGAUGGUAAUCCAGUGUGCCUUUCUUCACCUUAGACAGGAGAAGAAUUAUUAACAUUUGCGGGGCAGCUUGUUUUCUGGGUUUUUGUGGCCUCCUCGGGAGAAGUGUGGAGGCUGCUGCCAAUAAAAUUACUGAAUGUCCCUGACAAUUUUUUUUUAAAAAAAUGGUUAUACCUGUCUCCUUCCUAUUUACUGACCAUUUCCUUCCUCACCCUCCAUAUUAUGUCUUUCUUUAAAUGUAAUCUUGGUUUAAAAGAAAACAGAAGUCGUCUGAACAAUCCUUGGGCUACUUCUGUACAAAUCUGGUUUUUACUGAAACAGGUGUUUAGGGAAAACACUCUCACCAAUGGUUGCUGUUACCAUGAGAUCAAUAAAGAUAUUGAUUAUAUCAA